AUGCAGCAGGAGUUUCUCUUAGCCUUGCGGGCAAAGCUGGCAGACCUGCGGAGCCGAGAGCCCAGUGCACCCACUAACUUCCAGACCCGGGGCAAGGCUAAUCUCCAGCGCAACCAUCUCAUCGAGCUGCCUCUAGACUCUGACGGGCGCCUCAAGACCAAGCCAGAAGGCCUUUCUCAUGAAGAUUUCGUAGUUGUAAGGACCCUUGGCCUCGGCUCUUACGGGCGGGUGCUGCUGGUAAGAUACCGAGAGGACGAGAAACAGCUGUUCGCCAUGAAAAAGCUGAAGAAGCGGAUGAUCGUAGAGAAGAACCAGACCGAGCAGGUCCGCUUUGAAAAGGAGCUGCUGGCCAAGUGUAAGUGCCCCUUCAUUCUUUCCCUCAAGGCUUUCUUCCAGGACUCCCGGCAUGUCUACUUCCUGACUGAGUUCGCUUCCGGAGGCGACCUUUUCAUGAGGCUCCGGUCCGAAGGCAGGUUUUCCAACGACGUGGCUUUGUUCUACAUGACUGAGAUCACGGCUGCCCUGAACUACAUGCACGAGCGGCACAUCAUCUACCGAGAUCUCAAACCAUAAAAUCUACUCAUCCAGCGCCACGGCCAUCUCUUGCUCGCAGACCUGGGCUUCGCCAAGCACCUGCCCGACGACCGCACCACCACCAUCUGUGGCACUCCCGAAUACCUGGCGCCAGAGCUCAUCCGCAUCUACCGUACCGGCGGGCGGCAGUCAUACGGCCGGAGCGUGGACUGGUGGGCCCUUGGCAUCCUCCUGUUCGAGAUGCUGGUCGGUUUCCCUCCUUUCGUAGGCAGUGACCCCUUCGACAUCUACGACCGUGUGGAAGAGGGGAUCGUGGAGUUCCCUCGAUUCGUAGCUGGCAAAGCCAGGGACCUAAUCAAGCGGCUGCUCAACCCCCAGCCUGACCUUCGGCUUGGGGCAGCCGACGCAGGCCACUCGGUGAUGCGACACCGAUGGUUCAAAGGAGUCAACUGGCAGCACGUGCAGUCCCGGGAAGUACCGGCCCCCUGGAUGCCGCGGCUGAGCAGAGAGGACGACACGAGCUGCUUCGAGCGGUUCGAAGAGUAGCCGGAAGAAGGGCUGCAGGAUGACUCUUUCGAUGAUUUUUGA